AAACCAUUUAUAAAAACCUGAAAUGGUUUUUCAUUUUCUCAUUUCUUCUUUAAAAACCAAACCUUCUUCCUUCUUCUCCAUUUCUCUCUCCCAUGGAUUCCUCAAAUCCCACCGCCGCUCUUACUAAACCCUGCUUCCUCCCCUCCUCCUCCGCCGCCGACGACGACAUGGAACCCGGAAUCUCAUCUCACACUUUCUUCUCCAGAACCUACCGUUCACGAUCUUCCCGUUUCGACGAUCCUCUCCCUCUUCCUCAUUUCUUGGACUCCUGUUUCCUUUGCCGGAAACCUCUCGGGAACAACACCGAUAUCUUCAUGUACAGAGGGGACACUCCGUUUUGUAGUGAAGAAUGUAGACAAGAACAAAUAGAAAUAGAUGAAAUGAAAGAGAAGAAAUGGAGGAGAUCAUCAGCUGCUGCUGUGAAGGCGUUAAGGAAUAAAAAAGACCAACAAAGAAGAAGAUCUACAUCUCCUAAUAAAUCUUCUCCUCCGUCGGAAUACCCUUUCUGUGCCGGCACCGUCGCCGCCGCUUAGGUUUUAAAAGGAACUCAUAAAAACAACCAAAAAAGGAAAAAAAACAGGGAAGAAGAAGAAAAAGAAGAGAUGGGGUUUGAGAAUCUGCAAAAGGGGGAAGAGAUUUAUGUGAGAUUGAUGUGUUUUUCGUUUCCUUUUUUUGGGAUUUUUUGUUUUUGAGUUUGGAAAACUGAGAUCACUCUCUGAUUAUACAUAUGGAGUUUUAGGGAAGAGGGUGAUUAAAUCUGUAUCUAAACUAUGGAUUCUGCCUCUUCUUCUUCUUCUUCUUCUUGUUCUUGAGACUGUUUUUUUCUUCUUUUUUUUGGCCCUUAAAUCUUUUGGGGUUUGAUUUUGAGAUAUUAGAUGAUAAAUAACAUUGAGAUUUUACUAUAUUUCAUCAA